AUGCAACCUGUUUCCUUUGAGUUUUAUUUCAAUAAAAACAGAUAUCAUCAACAUAGACUGUUGUUCUAUGCUGAUAACAUCCACUCAGAAGCUUUAACGGUAACACGUAAACGUCCAAGAAUUUGUUAUUGGAGUUCAGAGAAGAUUAGAUAUCGAGAGACAUUUGAACAAGAAGAAGGUAGAUUUGGACUUGGAGAAUUAAAUGAAGAAUUUGUUAAUGAACAAGAUGAAGGAGAUACAUAUCUCGAAGACAGUGAUUCUGAUAAAGAUGAAGAUCAUUCUGUUGAGGCAUAUGAAUCAAAAAUAUCUAAAAUGCUUAAUAGUUUUGAGAGAAUGAAGGAAAAGCUGAAUUCAAAACUCAAUGAUGCGAUAACAAAGUUCCCUGAAAAGGAAAGUUUUAGGAUUUUCAAAGAAAAGAUGACAAAUAUAAUUGUUGAAGAAAAAACUGAAAGCACAACACUUUUUGAAUUUCCAAGUAAUGAAACUGGAGUUGAAGGAAUCAAUUUGACACCAAUAAUGGGUCAGAAAACAAAUGAUCAAACAGAAAAUGAAGAUAAAAAGGGAAAUAGUGAAGAAGACAAUGAUAAUGAUGAAAGUCAACCAGAAGUAGAUUAUUUGCUUGAUUCAAAUGAAGCAGACAAUGAAGGAAAAAAGAAUGAUGGAUAUAAGAAUCAAAAAGAAGGUGAAACUGAAGUAAAAGAGAAAGAUGGAAAGAACAAUGAAAAUGACAAUGAUGAAGAGAAAAAAGAUGAUGAUGCUGAACAAACAAAUAAUCAUGAAGAGACUAUUCAACAUAGCGGAGGUUCGAUACGUUGUUAG